AUGAAAAAUGAUUUACACAAGACAUUCGGCGAAAUCUUCAAUGGCGACAUCGCUGCUUUCCGCAAGCAAUUGCUAGAGUUUCAACACAUCCCAGCUGAUCGGCAAAGAGCUGAAGAAUGGGUAUCGAAUCUGCGCUUCCUGGAUAUAUCCGGAGUACCGGAUCUACAGGCAGAGAAGCAGAAACAAGACCACCGCUACGCACUAGCUAAGGCUCGCGAUUAUCUCCACGAUCGAAAGAUACCAUCGCGCGAAAUCCCCAUUACGAAGUGUGAAGACGACGACGGCGGAGACGAUUACAUUGCUGUCUCGUGGAAAUGGGCUGAGCUCAAACACGAGGUUCUCUACGAUGAGCCUAAGCCAACUGUAUACGACUAUCGCAUCAGGAGACCGGGUGCGAAGCCGCACAAAAUUGACUUUCCAGACCGCUACAUGGAUCGGGUGAUCCGGUUUGCGCAGAGUAUAAACGUGUCCAAAGUAUGGAUCGAUAGGGAGUGCAUAUAUCAGAGACCGGGAGACGAAAGAUUGUGGCCAGAAGACAGGGAACUGGGUGUUCAGAUCAUGGACGUAGUCUAUGGCGACAGCACAGUCUCGGUCGGGCUACUCACCGUGGAGCUUGCACAUCAACGCGAAGUUGAUCUUCUAUCAGAGCUACUACAAGGCCGCCUUUUCGUCGACCCGGACAUGAGAGAGAACCCAAAGUUGAGACCGGAAGUCGACGUUCUGGCAGUACAGAUGCUUAUUCUCCGCAUUCUUAGCGACCCUCGCUGGGAUCGUGGCUGGAUAUUCCAAGAAGAUCACUUGGCUUCAAACAGGAUGACGUUGCUCAUACCGUGUUCUGAAGAUAUUCAAAAAGAUCGAGGCUAUGAUUUUGGUGACAUCCCUGGAGAAUUGAAGAUGAACCUGAAGGAUCUCCGACAGAAUGCGACAAUGUUAUGCUUGGCGGCUCGGCCUGAGGAACGACAGGAACGGUGGCAAUGGCCUCACACUGACAUACUCAAAAAGCUCAAACAAUACAAUAUCUUCAACAGGAGCUAUGUACCAUUUCAGGACGGACAUCUGCCUCCCUGGAGCAAUGGCAUUCACGGUGCUACUGGUAAUGACAAGACGCACCAGCACGGAAGCCGCCGCGAGGUUCCAGCGUACCGAACGACUACGAACUGUGUGCUGGACGACAUUUGCAGCCGCUCGUUGGAGAACGAGGAGGAUAGGAUCGCUAUCCUCGCAAACGCUCUAAAAUUUACCAACCGCAUAAACAUCGCGAAAGGAUCUCCCAUACAUGAGCCCGGCAGAUACAGCCUUUCUGUAGCCCUACUCGCACUUAUACUGAUGAAUGGGGAGAUAUUACAGAGUACGGUAUGGGAACCACCUGACUAUGCGCGUCUUCCCAACGAAAGUAGUCUGAUGCGGUACACCUUACAGUCGUAUCUGGCAGCAUGUCAACACCAAUUUACUAUCCCCAACCUGAAGUUCCAGCAGAGUUUCGUCGACCGCUGUCGUUUCAAGCCCCCAACCAUUACGUCUCGUGGUCUUGAGACAAAAGGCUAUCUGUUCGAACUAUUCCCUAAUGAGCGAUCAAGAAUACGGACAGACCCGCUCAGCCUCUGUCUCACAGAUUCGGAUCGAGAAGCUCUAUCUGAUCUAGGCCGAGGUCCGGUGCUUCGAGGUGCGAAGCUCGGAAAGGAUGCACAUACAGCACUGAGUGCACUGAUUCAGAAGUUGGAGGCCUUGUGGCCAGCAAGUCAGCUCGUCGGUUACAUGAGUCGACAUCUAUCGCUCGAUGGACAUCCUUCGCGACCAAACAUACCACCGUCUGCACCGUACGUACUUGACAUGAUGUUCGAACUCUAUCAAGCUCUUCGUGAUGACCGAGAGCUCCGUUUGGCGCGCUUGGCUUCAGCGCCUCCAAAUACAGAGCCCACCGCCAUCUUCGUUAAGCCGGAACCGGGUGGUUGGAUGACGGAGCAGGCACCCCAUUUCGAUUCUGACAAGGCACCUUGCCCUGCAAAGGUUUUCACGAGCUGGGACCAGGCACGUAACACCUACGACAAAGAACGAUUAGCAAUCUUGGAAGUCGGCGUAGGCUCCGAUGAGGGGAUACGAGAGGCGUGUGACAAGCGGAAUCGCUUGCUGCAUAGCGCUAGAUGGGUGAACGGAGUGUGGUGUGCGGGAGGCAAGGCAAUGGAAACAUGUGUCUUCCCUCUCGCGGGCAUAACUGAAGAACGGCGUCAGGUGAAAUCUGUAGCAGGCGACGGGAGAAGGAAGAGGAAGAGGGGAGACGGCAUCUAG